AUGGCCAACAAUUCUGAUGAAAUGCGUCAAUAUCGCGAAGCCUUUUCUCUCUUUGAUAAAGAUCACGAUGAUAUUAUCGCUCCCCAAGAAUUAGGUGUUGUUCUUCGUUCGUGUGGUUUAUCACCGUCGGAAGCCGAUCUUCAAAAGAUUCAACAACAAGUUGGCCGUAAGAUUGAUUUCAAUACUUUCGUCUCGGUUGCACAAAACUUCAAAGCCAAUAAUCGAGAAACAGAAGAUGACAUUCGUGAAGCAUUCCGUGUUUUCGAUAAAGAUGGAACAGGUUAUGUCAAUGUUACUGAAUUGAAACAUGCCAUGAUCUCGUUAGGUGAACGACUAACUGAAGAAGAAGUCGAUGAAUUAACACGCGAAGCUGAUAUUGAUGCAGAUGGACGAUGCAAUUGUGAAGAUCUGGUACGAAUUUUAACGAACAAACAGCGUUAG